UGUCCAGGCAGGAACACGUGCCCCCCUGGGCUGGGGCAGGGGCCUUGCAGCAGGAGGGGCCUGACGGGAGGGCCCUGCCCCUUUCCUUCUCUCUGUCUCGGGAGACACAAGUAAACGUGCAGGAGCCGGUCUGGACAGUGGGGACAUGCGGAGUAGGUAAUCUGGACCACCCAGGGCUGCAGAGGCGUCACAGAGAAGCUGGCUUUCAUCGUGGGCUUUGUUUUUGAUGGAGAAGGUCUGAGCUGCGUGUGGGGGACGGACAUGCACCGGGAGGCAGACAGCAGGAGGAUGGACGUUCCCAGCGGGUUUUUCGGAGGCCAGUGGCACGAAAUCCACCCUCAGUACUGGACCAAGUACCAGGUGUGGGAGUGGCUGCAGCACCUCCUGGACACCAACCAGCUGGAUGCCAGCUGCAUCCCCUUCCAGGAGUUCGACGUCAGCGGCGAGCACCUAUGCAGCAUGAGCCUGCCAGAGUUCACACGCGCGGCGGGCACGGCGGGCCAGCUCCUCUACAGCAGCCUGCAGCAGCUCAAGUGGAACGGGCAGUGCAGCAGCGACGUGUUCCAGCCUGCGCACAACGUUGUCGUCAAGACCGAGCACACCGACCCUUCCGUCAUGAGCUCCUGGAAAGAAGAAAACUACCUGUAUGACACCAGCUACGGCAGCACAGUAGAUCUGCUGGACAGCAAGACUUUCUGCCGGGCCCAGAUCUCCAUGGCAACCGCGGCCCACCUUCCUGCAGCAGAGUCACCUGAUCUGAAAAAGGAGCGAGAGCAAGCUGCCAAGCCCCACACCAAGAAGCACAACCCGAGAGGGACUCACUUGUGGGAAUUCAUCCGCGACAUCCUCCUGAACCCCGAGAAGAACCCCGGGCUGAUCAAGUGGGAAGACCGGUCUGAGGGAGUCUUCCGGUUCCUGAAGUCCGAGGCUGUGGCCCAGCUGUGGGGGAAGAAGAAGAACAACAGCAGCAUGACCUACGAGAAGCUCAGCCGGGCCAUGAGGUACUACUACAAGCGGGAGAUCCUGGAGCGCGUGGAUGGCCGCAGGCUGGUGUACAAGUUCGGGAAGAACGCCCGCGGGUGGAGAGAGGACGAGAACUGAGCCCGCGGCCGCAGACCCGGCCAGUAGGACGCGCAGAGCUGCAGGCCGCCUCCGGACUGGACUGCUGCUCCCUGGCCUGCGUGCCCGAGGGAAAGGACUUGGAAAGGGAGGAGGAUAGGGUGCGGUGGAGAGUGGCCUCUGCACACAGUGUGCGGCCGGAGCGCCGGCCCUCUGCCACCGCCGCGCUCCUGUCGUCAUUGUUCUGGCCUCAAUUGUGAAGCCCCUUCCUGCGGAGGGGCGCAGCUGGGGGCCUUGUGCUUCUUGCUGAAAGGAGCCGCAUCGGAGGGCAUUAAAUGUUUUUGUAUGCA